AUGUAUAGGGGUGUUGCACUGUUUGAAAAUGCAAUGCUUCGAGGUAAACUUAAUUUUAAUAAACAACGCAUGGAAAGAAAGUACAUGGCUGAUACAUCGAAGACGAAGGAAUAUGAAGGACGAAAAUUAAUAGGAUUUUCAAUGGAACAAAUGUACGACGUUGUAGCGGACGUAAAAAGUUACAAAGUUUUCUUACCAUUUUGUAAAAAGUCUGACGUGAUAUUAAAAAAUGAAGAUGGUCUGAAAGCCAAUUUAGUAAUAGGAUUUCCGCCUAUCCACGAAAGUUACACGUCUAGAGUAACGCUGGUACGGCCACAAUUAGUCAAAGCCGAAUGCACCGAUGGUAGACUAUUCAAUCAUUUAAAUACUCUAUGGCUUUUCAGUCCAGGAUUGAAAAACAAUUCAAAAACUUGCGUUAUCGACUUUUCUUUAUCCUUUGAAUUCAAGUCACUCAUACAUUCCCAUUUGUCGAAUUUAUUUUUUAAUGAAAUUGUAAGGCAAAUGGAAAAUGCUUUUAUCGAAGAGGCAAAACGCAGAUACGGCAGGCCUUGUAUGAAAACAGUACGAUUAGAAAGAUGACAAAUCGUAUUGAUUUAGUAAAGAAUAAAUUAAUGAUUGUAUAAAAUAA